UCGUUUCAAUUUCCUUGAGAAUACUGGCCGACGCAGCCGACGAUGGAAUGGAUUGUCCCACCGGUGCCACAAUUUCUCGUACAACCUCGGAACAAUCAAAUCGCACGUCGCUGAUUAUUUCUUGUCGUCGAUUGAGCGUAAUCAAAUCGACCUUGAGUAAGGAGGGGGAACCUAGCGGUGCCAGAAUCGCCGACAUUUUGUUGGGUGUUGCUAGAGGAAUAUCCACGACACUAUUCGCGCCCAUGGCAGCCUUGGCAAUACUGCGCACGUUGUACUCGCGAUCGGCAAUGCACGAGGUUGGCGAAUCGGCAGACGAUAGGAAGCGACUUUCGUAUCGCAAAACGUUGCCAAUAUCUAGUCGAGCCUUGUUGUAGGUUGCGUUUCCGCCAAACAAGGCCAGUCCACACGGUGCCAGGACAUCUUUAGUCGUCGAUUCAACGGUCCAGAGGCCACUGAACCAGCUAGGAUACGCCACGUCCGGUCCUUCCAUACCGUACGGUGGUGCAUUGGCCAGAUUUUCCGUCACUCGCGUUUCUAGCAUUCCUGUUGGUAGAUCGGCCGACGGAGGAUUCAUCAAGGUGGCUGAUGGUGAUGAUGAUUGUCCGUCGAAUGCGGCUGCGUCGCUCGGCCAGCGGUAAAAGCAGGACGACCAAACCAGAGUCGCGGCGGUGACGAGACUGCGUCUUCGCAGAGUAUCAAAGCUGUGGACGAUUCCGGACGGUGGAUCAACUAAAUUCGUAGCGAGGGGAAUCACACGCUUUUCCGGAUCAACGUCGGGUCGUUCGUGGUGGUGCCGGUGAAGUGGCACGAGGGCGAGGGGAAAGUUGACAUUUUGGACACACUUUCCGGCGAGGAAACUCCGAGAGCGUUUCACGCAGAGAAGAAGAGCGAUUGUGUUGACAACGGAUCUCAACUUUCCCGACUUGACCAUGUCUUCCCCUGGAACGCAGUGUCCUAGUAACCGGAGCCUCGCUCGAUGGUUACCAAAUAAGUGUAAGCAAGUCAGAUGUGGACUCGUGCUGAUUGUUGGAAGGUGUCGAUCGCCUCUCGCAUCGGUUCUUCGGAGGGCAGAUCCACAACUAUCUCCGGAGGCGCACGGACGUCAGUCACGAAAGAACACGAUUCGUGGGAAGCUAUUGACGACGAAGGACACGCGCCUCUAUCUAAUUCGUAUGGUAAAUGGUCUGUCGAAAGGUCAAAAUUCCUGAAUGUCUGCGUGCCGCGUGGCAGGAUUUCGACGGACAGACGGAUCGGAUCCGAUCGGCAGCCAGCACUCGAAAUGACUUUGUGCCUGCUUUUCCAGGGAACAAACUGUUACCGCGUCCUCAACUUUGGAGACAACGCCAGGCACCGCACGCACACACAAUCCCAAACCGUUGCGGUCUCCUUCCCUCCCCUCGUUUGGUUUGUUGUGGUUGCACAUUAGCUUUCGUUGCCACCAUGCGGUUCCUUCAUUUGAUUCGUCCGGUCAUGUGCGUCCUUCCGGAGGUCGCCAGUCCGGAUCGCAAGAUUCCCUUUCGUGAAAAGCUUCUUUGGACUACCAUUACGCUCUUUAUCUUUUUGGUGUGUUGCCAGAUUCCCAUCUAUGGAGUCCAGUCCGCUAAAUCCUCGGAUCCCUUUUACUGGAUGCGUGUCAUUCUCGCUUCCAACCGCGGUACACUCAUGGAGUUGGGCAUCUCGCCCAUUGUUACUUCGGGUCUCGUCAUGCAGUUGCUUGCCGGUUCUCGUAUCAUUGAGGUCGACUACAACGUCAAGGAGGAUCGUGCGCUCUUCUCCGGAGCGCAAAAACUCUUUGGUAUCCUCAUUACGACGGGAGAAGCGAUUGCGUACGUGGUGUCGGGCAUGUACGGAGACUUGGGUUCCAUCGGAGCGGGUAACGCCAUUCUCAUUAUCGCGCAGCUCUUUUGCGCCGGUCUCAUUGUUUUGACACUCGAUGAACUCUUGCAAAAGGGCUACGGUCUCGGAUCGGGAAUUUCACUCUUUAUCGCCACCAACAUUUGCGAAAAUAUUGUUUGGAAGGCCUUUUCUCCGACAACCAUCAACACGGGACGUGGAACCGAGUUUGAAGGAGCCAUUAUUGCUCUCUUUCAUCUUUUGAUUACCCGUAGCAACAAGAUCCAAGCUCUCCGUGAAGCCUUCUACCGACAGAAUCUUCCCAACGUGACGAAUCUCUUGGCGACCGUCUUGAUCUUUGUUAUUGUUAUUUACUUUCAAGGCUGGCGGGUCAACCUUCCCGUCAAGUACCAAAAGUACCGCGGUCAGGAAGGAAACUACCCCAUCAAGCUGUUUUACACUUCCAACAUGCCCAUUAUCCUUCAAACUGCUCUGGUGUCCAACUUGUACUUUGUCUCGCAGCUUUUGUACAAUCGUGCCCCCACCAACAUUCUCGUCCGCCUCCUCGGAAAAUGGCAGGAAGUGGAAGGCUCGGCCGGUAACAAGAUUCCGGUAGGAGGCAUCGCCUACUACAUUUCGCCUCCCCAGAGCUUUGCCGAAAUCAUUUACGAUCCCUUUCACGCGGUUUUUUACCUGGUCUUCAUCUUGACGGCCUGCGCUCUCUUUUCCAAGACGUGGAUUGAGGUCAGCGGCGCCUCGGCUCGGGAUGUUGCCAAGCAGUUGCGCGACAACCAAAUGGUCAUGAAGGGACACCGUGAUUCGGCACUGAUCCACGUGCUGAACCGGUACAUCCCGACUGCCGCCGCUUUUGGUGGUAUGUGCAUCGGAGCGCUUUCCGUCAUUGCCGAUUUCAUGGGCGCCAUUGGUACCGGCACGGGUAUCUUGUUGAGCGUCACAAUUAUCUUUCAGUUCUACGAAGCCUUUGUUAAAGAGCAGAAGGAAGGGACGGGCGCUUUUGGAUUUUAAAUCGCGAGGUUUAUUCCGAACAAGCUACUAUACACACUAUCAUACACAUUCUUCCUACACACACACACAUUCAUGAGAGAGCGAGUCGGCCUUUUCGUGGAAUCCACAGAGACUUGCUCAGGACGAGCGCGUAAUUGAUUGGCGGUGGAAAGCAACAAUUCUUGGUGAACAUACUCGGCACGGUCGCGUCCUGCAAAAUAGCGUUGGAGGUGCAUCUGGGGUCGGUUCCGUACGGGCUGGUGAUUGUCGUCGUCGUCGUAAGCGAGAUACGGCCGCGCGAUCACUCCGUCACGUUGUCGAAAGACACGAGACGGAAACCUCGGGCACAACGCCGCCACUGUCGUUGAGUACAUUGUUGGAUUAUGCUUUUUUAUCACCGCACCUUUACAGCCGAACUGCGUGAAAGCGCUCGAAGCCAGCACGUACCCGCUGGAUUCCACCCUCUGGUCUCUUUUCUCUCUCUCUUGUUUUUUCAUCCACGCAUCCAAUUCAAACACAUCACAUAAAAAAUAGUAGCUUGCGGUUAAAGUCGU